GAGAGGCCUCCGAGUGAGAAAGCAGAGGAGGAAGAAGCGCCGCCGCUGGUUCUUUCCUUUCUGUCGGUGAAGGUCCAACAAGGUGCCGAAAGAUGUCGCUGGCCAAGCCGGCCAUGAGGGGUCUGCUAGGGAGUCGUCUGCGCUUCCACCUGCCCAUCGCCUUCGGGCUGUCCAUCCUGGUGGCCGUCGGCUUCAAGUACACUGUGACGGAGCCGCGCAAGCAAGCGUACGCCGACUUCUACAAGCAAUACGACGCCGUCAAGGAGUUCAACGCCAUGCGGGAAGCCGGAGUCUUCGAGAGCGCGCGGCCCUCCGGAGAGUGAAAAGCCGUUCUGUUUCGUGCCUCUCAUUCCCGCUGUGAAGAUGUCGUUCCGCUCCUCCUCGGCUGUCAUUUACGUCAAAUAAAUGUCAAUCUCUUCAACAA